AUGGGUAAACUAUGGAAAGACCAAAGCCAGAAGCCUAAUACGGACGUUUCAAGAGCGAAAAAUGCGCCAGAUCCUGAUGCUGAUGUUUUACAUCACAAUGCUGAAGAAGGGUUCACGGCGCAAGAGCUUAUUGAGCAACAGGAACGCUUGGAAGCGCAAGCUAGCGAAGCAAUUCCAUACAGUGUAGACAAAUGCACGUAUUCUCUGGGAUACCUUCGCCAGUUGGUGUAUGCAUGUAAAACAUGUGGUGGCGGUGGCGUGUGUGUUGGCUGCAGUGUUUCUUGUCAUGCAGACCACGAACUUGUCGAGCUGUUUCAUCGACGACAUUUCCGCUGUGACUGCGGCACGCCGAACAUAAAUCAGAGGUUCCAAAACAAACAAGUGCGUGAUUUGGCAACAGAUGCUACGGGACCUACCUUUUCCCCUUGUACUUUACGAGAAUUCGAGCGUAGCAAAGGAUGGGACUUGGCCAACAAAGAAAACACAUAUACUAAAAACUUCGAGGGUAAAUUUUGUAUAUGCGAGCGCGGAAAGCAUUAUGAUCCAGAGACAGAAGAGGAAGACAUGUUUCAGUGUCUUGUCUGCGAGGAAUGGUAUCAUGAAUCGUGCACGGCACUGGUACGUCCGGGUAGGAUGAAGACGCGUAUUCUUUCCCAAGACCAGUUUGAUACCAUGAUAUGCGACACGUGCAUGCGGAGCAGUAAAGGACAGCUUCUUCGUUUAUAUGCAGGUAUGCCAGGAUGGCAGGUGAUCGUGCCCAAAGGAAGAAAAGAAUGUGAAGUGCAAGUAGUGGGAAUGUCCAAGAGAGACGAGUCAAUGCCACGAGUGAAACGCGCACGGCUUGAAUCAGGUGCAUGUACAGCUCCAUCAGAGAUGCAUCCAGACAUACUACGACUUCAGAGCUGCACGCAUCGGAUGGACAUGUUUUUGACGACAAACUUUCGCGACGCACUAUGUAAAUGUGCUUCAUGCGGAAUGAGAUGGAAGGAGCUAUACCCAUACGUGUACGAAGAAGAAGCGACGUAUGAGGCGCCUCAAGAAUAUGGUCGUGACGAUAGCGACCAAGACACGCAUAGUGCAGCAUCAUCGACGUAUGAGCAAGCUGUCGCAGCCUUGUCGCGACUUCCACGCACACAAAUGAUUGAAUCUGUAUAUGCCUAUCAGAAUCUGCGGAAUGCCUUAUUUGAGCAUCUUCGACCCUACGCGGAGAGCCAUGAACCAGUGAGUGAAGAGGCAGUGCGGGCAUUCUUCCGUGAACAUGCCGCUCGGAACCCACAUUUGCCCAUCAGUCGAUAA